CACGUGUUCCGCUGGCACUUUCAUCACACUCUCUCAUCCCAAAGUUUAGCUCCCUCAAUAGAUUGGGGCACUGCUCCUGGUUAGGCCAGGAGGUCUCAGCGAAUGAGUUUAUGAUUCGUCGCAAAAUACAACGUUCUGCCGAACUCGAUGUGGACAUGGAUACUGCUAUGGACUCCAUACAGGCUGAACGCUGAAGUGGCCAGAAGGGUCAUGCCCUCUAUGAUCUAUGCGGUAGUCGCCUUGACAUCUAUCAAUGCUCCGAACCUUCCAGUUACCGACACGAACUCGUCGGCCGCAAGCCCAGCACACUUUAGUCGUAGGCCAUGCAUCUCGCCAGAGAGGGGCGCUGAGAGCCGGAUUCACCGCUCGGUGUCAAAGCAAUCCCAAGAUCACUCUGUGCGUCAUGUCCUCUUGGCAGACUCUGAUCCAUCGGUGGCUGCGGCUCAGAUGCCAGCCUGUACUGCAGUUGACCGUCCGUACCGCUCAUGCUGUUCCUUACUGGAAAUGUCCGUCUUUCCAUCUCAAUGCAUAUAGUCUUGGUCUUGGAUAGCGUUGUAUGCCAGACAGAGGAGACGCAGUACUCCCAGACAGCUUAGUGCUCCCCGUCUUCUCUCGUUGUGAGGUCAAUCUCACUACACGUGGCAUGGGACUGGCCUGUUCGCUUCAUGUGUCGAUAAUGUAUGCAUUGGCAGUAAUGUCACGUCGCUGAGGUGACACCACCUUCUGC